CGUGUUCUUCAAUAUCUCUCAGCUUUCGCAUACAUUAUAUAUAAAGAUAUCUCCAUCUCUAUAUAUUAUACCUUUAACGUUAUCUUCGAUUUAUCUCUCUCUAAAACCCUUCAAGCCCUUUUAAUUGUCUGAUAUUAAAGAGAUGAGGAGGAACUGCAACUUGGAACUCGCCCUUUUUCCUCCCUCUGAUUCUGGCCCCCCCAUGGUUGACAACGUUGAAGAAGAGGCUAGUGAAAUCAGCCCAAUGCAAAAUUUGUUCCACCGCCAGGAACAGCAACAGCCGCUCACCAUUUUCUAUGAUGGAAAGAUUUGUGUUGCGGAUGUCACAGAGCUUCAGGCCAAAUCGAUUUUAAUGCUUGCAAAUAGAAAAUUGGAGGAAAGAGUGAGGACACCAACUGGGUCAGAGCCAUCUUCACCAACAGUGAUGCAAUCUAAUAAUCAAUUGUAUAGUCCUGGCACUGGCCCUUCCAUGAGAAAAUCGUUGCAAAGGUUCCUUCAGAAGAGAAGGAAUCGGGUCCAAGAAGCAUCGCCAUACCGUCACUAGUUGAUCAUCAAAAUUGUUUUCUUGUAUGAGAGGAGAGACUCUAUUUAGAAUUAAUUACUUCUUUCUUUCUUUAAUAUCCUUAAUUAUUAGGUUUACUACUUCACGCCUUUUUUUAAAUAUUGAUUUUUGUACUAUCGUGUACUUCUUUUACAGGCUGUAAAUACUUCUUUUACAAAGCUUAUUUUUAAGCUAGCUAGAUCCACACCAAUUAUUUCUUUGCUCAA